AUGUCCGAAGUCUCGCCAGUACGGAGUUUGAUGACGGCUGAGGAAUACUAUUCCAGCUUUCCGAAUCAUCCAAAUAUCAACAAGAAGUUCAAUGAUAUCGAUGACCCAUCUUAUUUCCGAGAGUAUCUGGCAUCGUUGCGCGAUGUUCAGACCCAGAACUUUGUGCUGGACUUCGGCAACGAGGACGCUUGGUGUGCGAUAAACCUGGAGCAACAGGAUGUCACAGCCCUGCUCACCUAUAAUGUACGUAAUUACAGAACUUCUGAUAUUGUUCACCCCGUGGCUGACCCAAAUACAGAAGCCGAGAUGUUUUGGGACGCGAUGGAUGUAAGUCAUGGCAGCCGUUCAAGCGAUCCUGGUACGCUGAGCACGUUCUCUAGAAACAUAUGGGCACCCGAGAAGCAGAAAGAUUUGAUCAAGGCUAUCACCAACCACUAUGGCGUCUCCGAGCGAGUGCAAGGGCUUAUGUGCACUGAUCCUGUAACACGACCAUCGAAAUCUGCCGCUACGCCUCUGCAUCCAAGGAAGAGCUUCCAGUCAAAGAGCAGUCCUAAGCCCGUUCAAGUGAACGUGGAUGAAGACCUUGAAGAUGGCCAUGCCCUGAAGGAUUUGCCGAGCUCGGAAGAAGUCCAUGCUGCAGCUUCAUUCAGGGGACUCACCUUUGGCCACGUAGUGGAUCAGAUUUGGCACUUUUGUUCCACGGACUACGGGCCCAAAUAUACCUGCAUUGGAUACAAUUCGCUUUAUGUUGUCCCAAAGCUGAAGAUGACGAACGGACAAGGACUGCCGGAUGGGAAGAGAUUAUGGUCAUGGCUCAUUCUUUUCGAGGACGGGACCGUCCUUUCUAUCCAAGAGAAUCCAUAUCCCGGACCCGCGCCCUCGUCAGAGAGGGAACUCAAGGCUGUAACUGCGGUCAGCCGACGGAAUGUACAGCUGAUAUUCCGAGGCGUAUCUAAGCAGCACUCUGCGGCUUCUGAGAACGACUCUUUGGUCACAAUUAGGGUUCGACCAUUCCACGACCCUGGCACGGAAUUUGCCAGUAUCAAACAGGAAGACGGUCCGAGCCUUCUCUUCUAUUAUAUCUUCGAUGACUGGGUCUCGAGUUAUUCACUCGUCGCAAAGCGUGAGCAUGGAUACAGUGUGGACCUCGACCGUCUGAGGGGCAACAUGCUUAACAAGCCAGUGGUCGAGUUGAUAGACGAGCUGCACUGGCUGGGAAGACAGCUCGCAGUGCUCAAGCGGCUGUAUCAAAGCUACGAGCUCAUAAUGACCCGUAUUCUUCAGAGACAGCGUUCGCUCCAGGAUGAAGCGCGCUCAACGCACCACAGGGUGACGUUUGGGCAUACCUUUGAUACUGAACUUCAUCGACAGAUGACUAGCAGUUUCAGUGCCUCUACUCCAGAGACGUCGGUUGGUAUUCGUUUGAGCCCACCUGCUGUCGCUAGGUUCGAAAGACUGCUGGACCGCAUCAAACUCUACUGCUUGUCGGAGAUUGAGAGCUGCUUGACGGAGAAAGAAUCGCUCACUUUUCUCAACUUCAACUUGAUCGCCCUCAAGGACUCGCAAGCUGUCGAGAAGCUUACGAGGAUAACGAUUCUUUUGGCCAAGGUCACCAUCUUGUUCCUCCCUGUCAGCUUGAUGACGGCAUAUUUUUCAACGGAACUUGCGGGGGUCAAAGGCGUAUACACGCAAAUUCAGUAUUGGGUGGCCUUCGCAGUGAUUACGGUCUUGUCCGUGAUUUUGCUCGUUUUCUUUGGGUGGAUUAGCGACACUGUCGAAGGGAAGCCGAUAUACCGGUCAAUGUUCCCAAGAUAA